AUGCAGCUCAAUAAUUUAGAACCGACUGAAACGCUGCAAAGCCGAGACGACCAAUUCAAUAAGAAGCAACAUGUCAACUUGUACACUGCUGCCGUUGUCUUCUUUAUUACCCUAAGCUCCGCUGCUUAUGGUUAUGCAGGCUCUGUCAUCGCAACAACUCUUACACAGCCGUCUUUCAUCGCACACUUCAAAUUGGACACGGCUCCAAAUGCAGAGUCCAUCACAGGCGCGAUGAAUGCACUGUUCUAUACCGGCGGCGUGCUUGGUAGUUUCUUUGCAGGAUGGACCAGCAAAAAAUUUGGACGGAAGUUUUCAGCGGGACUCGGAAAUGGCCUUCUCAUCUUUUCUGGUGCGCUGAUGACCGCGUCUGUCAACUCAACCAUGUUCAUUGCAUUCCGCUUUUUCAGUGGCUUUGGCGGCGUGAUCAUCCUCUCUAGUGUUCCCAUCUGGGUCGCUGAGCUAGCUCCACCCCGACUCCGGGGCAUCCUUACCGACCUACACGCUGUCAUGAUGAUGUUCGGCUAUACACUUGCUUGCUACGUCGGGCUGGGCUUUUACUUCGUCCCAGGCAAUAACCAGUGGCGGGGACCCAUCGCAUUCCAGAUGGUACUGCCCGUCAUCAUCUUAUGCGGAUUAUACUGGUUACCAGAGUCGCCGCGAUUUUUGUUGUCAAAGGAUCGCGUUGAGGAGGCGCGUGAAAUCAUUUUCCGGAUGCAUUCUAGCCCAGAUGAUCCGGAGCAAGAGUUCGCACGACGGGAGUUCUUCCAGAUGAAGAAGCAAAUCCGACUCGAUGCAGAGUUUGCCACGUCAUACUGGAGUCUUUUUAAGAAACCAUCUAUGCGGAAGAGAUUGGCGAUUACUAUUUUCCUUGAGUUUGCUCUCAUGAGCUCGGGUGUCUUAGUUAUCCUGAAUUACGGCUCCAUAAUCUGGAAAUCCCUCGGUUUCAACACGGUUCAAAUCCUCAACUUCCAAUGCGGCUUCCAACUAACUGGCCUCGUCUUCAACAUCAUCGCCAUGACAUUCGUCGACCGUGUACGCCGCCCCAGACUAAUUGCCGGUGGUCUACUAAGCUGCGGAGCUCUAGUGGGCACUCUCACGGCACUACAAAGUUUCUAUCUCGGGACUGAGAACCGUGCCGGACUAGGCGCAUGCGUCGCAAUCAUCUUUCUUUUCCAGGUCAACUUUUCCCUUACCCUUGACGGGCCUACCUACUUCUAUAUUGCCGAAAUCUGGCCUUCGCAUGUUCGUUCACAAGGCUUCGCUAUUGCGAUGGCCGUUCUUUCAGCUACCAACUUGAUGUGGCUCCAGGCUACGCCUUACGCCAUAAGUACUAUUUCGUGGCGCUGGUAUUUGGUUUUCACCUGCAUUCCGGGUGCUGCAGCGUUCGUUGUUAUCUUAUGGUUCAAGGACACAAGGAACAAACCGCUUGAGGAGAUUGCGGCCAUGUUUGGCGACGGAGACAUGGUUGCCGUUUAUCAGCGAGAGUUGAAUAUGGGUAAUAUUGAUGAGGGGGAUGACAGUAGGCUUGAUAGCAAAAACAUGUCCGGCCCGUCAGUUGAGAUGGCCGAGAAUGUUUGA